ACCGGAGCUGUGGCUUUCAUGAGAGUCGCUCUUUUCUUCCAAUAAGGCGGCGUUUCGAUUUCCAGAAUCCCUCGCGGAUGGACCGCAACGUGGAGAUGUUUAUGACCAUCGAGAAAUCCCUGGUGCAGAACAACUGCCUGUCCCGGCCCAACAUCUUCCUGCACCAGGAGAUUGAGCCCAAGCUGCUGAGCAAACUGAAGGAUAUCAUCAAGAGGCACCAGGGCACGGUGACUGAGGACAAGAGCAACGCGUCCCACGUUGUCUGCCCCGUCCCUGGGAACUUGGAGGAAGAGGAGUGGGUCCGGCCGGUCAUGAAGCGAGACAAGCAGGUCCUGCUGCACUGGGGUUACUACCCCGACAGCUACGACACCUGGAUCCCAGCCAGUGAGAUUGAGGCCUCUGUAGAGGACGCCCCGACGCCAGAAAAGCCCCGGAAGGUCCACGCCAAGUGGAUCCUGGACACGGACACCUUCAACGAGUGGAUGAACGAGGAGGACUACGAGGUGUCUGAUGAGAAGAGCCCCGUUGCCCGCAGGAAGAAGAUCUCAGCAAAGACCCUGACAGAUGAGGUGAACAGCCCUGACUCGGACCGGCGGGACAAGAAGGGAGGCAACUACAAGAAGAGGAAGCGUUCGCCCUCGCCUUCGCCCACUCCAGAGGCCAAGAAGAAGAACGCAAAGAAGGGACCCUCCACGCCCUACAACAAAUCCAAGCGUGGGCACCGUGAGGAGGAGCAGGAGGACCUGACCAAGGACAUGGAUGAACCCUCACCCGUCCCCAACGUGGAGGAGGUCACCCUGCCCAAAACAGUCAACACCAAGAAGGACUCAGAGUCUGCGCCCGUUAAGGGAGGCACCAUGACGGACCUGGAUGAGCAGGAGGAUGAGAGCAUGGAGACAGCUGGCAAGGACGAGGAGGAGAACGGCACCGGGAGCAAAGGGGAGCAGGCCAAGAACCCCGACCUGCACGAGGACAACGUGACGGAGCAGACCCACCACAUCAUCAUCCCCAGCUACGCCGCGUGGUUUGACUACAACAGGUACGGAGCUGCUGGGGCUGCAGCUGUGCCCCCCCGGCACGGCGGUGUGAGACCCCCCCGCCUUUUCUCUCGCAGCGAUGAGUGCAUCCUGCAUUUCCUGCGCCUGCCCAUCGAGGACCCCUACCUGGAGGACUCGGAGGCGUCGCUGGGGCCGCUGGCGUAUCAGCCCAUCCCCUUCAGCCAGUCCGGUAACCCCGUCAUGAGUACCGUCGCCUUCCUGGCCUCCGUCGUUGACCCCCGUGUUGCCUCCGCUGCUGCUAAAUCGGCGCUGGGUAAGGGG